CUUGCUCGCCCCAUCAACCCUCUGCGGACCCAGCUCCGCCUACUUAUUGCAACCCUGCCUUUGUUUUCUCCCCAACACAACACCCCCCCGACCCUACCAUCUCCUGCUCCGACACCUGCCGCCCCGGAUUCUAUAGUCGUCUCUAUAGUGUCUGCGAGAAGCAGGAUGGCCACCGACUUGAUCAUGCCUAGGCUCCACGAACAGCCCCAGCCGCAUUUCUACCCGUAUCACCACCCGCCCGGCGCGCGGUCGUCGCACUCUCCGACCUAUCCGUCCCAGGGUUACCAGUCUCAGCAGAUCUCGCCGCUCAGCACCUCCAACGCCACCUCGCCCACCUCGCCCAAGCCGUACCACCGCCAGAGACAACGACCGCUGUACAUGCCCGCCGUCCUGAGACCGACCGAGCAUCCCCCGAAGAAGAUGCCGGACAGGAAGGCCGAGGCCGAGGAGGAGGGUGUUAUGGUGUCCUCCUGCAACAGCUUCAUGACGCUUGGUGGGUUGGCCACCCUCAGCCGGUUAGGUCGUCGCACGGCCAACAGCAGAAAAUAUGUGGACGGCGAAUGGAACCUGGACAUGUUUCCGAAGCCGACCGCGCAGCCCACGCGACUGCAUUGGAAGCCCGACACUGCGGCCCCGAUCUGCGACGAGCCCUCCUGCCUGCGCCAGUUUAACUACUGGACGCGGCGGCACCACUGCCGGCGAUGUGGCAACAUCUUCUGCGACUCUCACUCAGCGUUCGACGUGCCGCUGGACCAGGACGCGAACUACAACCCGCGCGGCACGCCGAGUCGCGCGUGCUCCCACUGCUUCUCCGACUUCAAGGCUUGGCAUAGCCGCACUAACAGCCAGGCGUCGAGCGAAGAUUCGUCAUCAUCACCAUCUUCUUCAGCCGCGUCUACCGUUGGCUCGUCGGGUGAGACGCCGGCGAGUCCGGCUAUCUCGACACCCGCCGCCACUGCCGUCGCGACUAGCCACCGCCAGGAUGUCGCUAUGAGCGUCCCCAGAGAUUGGAACUGGAGCACCUUCUAAGGCGUCCCCCUUUUCUAUCACGCCGGAAGCGAUCCUCUUCUCGGCCCCCCUCCCCCCCCCCUAAAUCCACACGCGGAGACCUAAAAUAUACGCCCCCACCGCUCUUCCCGCGAAGCGAGCCGCGGCGGAAGAGGACUGCCGACAGAACUAAUAACGAUGAUAUCGGCCACUUCGUUUUGCGACGACAACAAUUACUGCUACGACAACGGCAAUCGCAGCGACCACUACUGCUGAUAUCGUUCUGAGGACUAAUGGAACGCAGCAAACAUCAACCGGCGUACCACAUAGACUAGAAGGUUCC